UGGAUGCCUGUGGUCAGCCCAUUUGCCCCCUGCUCACUCACAAGUCCAUUCCCAGUGACAAAUGUAGCAAUGCAAAUUGCAUGUUUGAGCAUUUUGUCAAAUUUGUAUCAACAAGAGAUCCAGAGAUUAAAAAAUGGGGGACUGGUCAAUAUUGGGCCGCUUUCUAGCAGAGGUGCAGAAUCAUUCAACAGUCAUUGGAAAGAUCUGGCUCACAGUGCUCCUGAUUUUUCGUAUACUGCUGGUGACACUGGUGGGAGAUGCUGUGUACAGCGAUGAGCAAUCCAAGUUCACCUGCAAUACACUGCAGCCAGGCUGCAACAAUGUCUGCUAUGACACUUUUGCCCCAGUCUCACACCUACGCUUCUGGGUCUUCCAGAUUGUGCUGGUCUCAACACCAUCCAUCUUCUACAUCAUAUAUGUCCUCCACAAAAUCACCAAAGAUGAAACGCUGGAGACAGAGAGGGUUCAGGCAGAAGCCAAGCACCCACUAGGAAACUAUCCUGGGCAGCUGGAAGGGGAGGGUGCCAAACCAGCAUAUGUGCCCCAGGGGGUAGGGUGCUGUGGCCAGGAUGAGGGGAGUGUGGAGCAAAGCCUACUGCAGCAAGAUUUUGGUGAGGUCAGCAAAGACCCAACCACACUCUCAAGUCAAGUUCUGCUGAUCUAUAUUGUACAUGUGCUGAUCCGUUCGGUCUUGGAGAUCACCUUUCUUGUCGGUCAGUACUACCUGUUUGGAUUUGAGGUGCCUCAUUUGUUCCGCUGUGAAACCUACCCCUGCCCGACACAGACGGAUUGUUUUGUGUCGCGAGCCACUGAAAAGACUAUCUUCCUUAAUUUUAUGUUUAGCACCAGCCUGGGCUGUUUUCUCUUGAACAUUGUGGAGCUUCACUACCUUGGCUGGAUCUAUAUUUUCCGGAUGCUAUGUGCUGCCUGCUUCCUGUGCUGUAGGCCCGAGAGGGAACUGUACCCUAAACAUAAUCUUUUGCUGCAAAGGUUUAGACACUCAAUGCGGGGCAGGCUAGUCCUGCAGUCCCCCACAACAGCACUGUCUCAGGAGAAGACAGGGACAUCUUUGCUUUCAAAUGCCCCAGCCAUCUCUUUUGAGACCGACUCCUCUCUGGAGUGCACUUCAAAGUGGAACCCAGAGGAGAGGGAACGCAUGAGGAUGAAAUUGGCCAACAUGGCUAGAUUUGGUGGCAAAAAGUCCUGGUUGUAAUGAGUAAUGAUGGUUUUUAAUUUUUCGUUCUUAUACGAGUAUAUAAUUUUGUUGUAUACACUGCAGUUCUUUUUGUCUUAUUUUCUGGUAAAACUUCUUUAAAACAAGAAAAAAUUACUAGAAGCAGAAUGACAUAUGAUAUUAAGUCUAACAAAAUUUAGUGGAGUUUAUGCUUAAAACAAGAAAAAAUUAUUCGCCACUUGGGUAAGAAAAAUAACUUGUUUUUCCCUUUGCAUCAACCUUUUUUCUUACCCCAUUAGCAAAUAGUUUUUUCUUUUUAUUAGUAUUAAUGAAACUAAAUUUUGUUAGAUUUCUCUGAAAGCAAGACAAAAUAUCUUGUCAUUUUGCUAAGUAAAUGUAUCUUGAGAAUGUUUAGAUACAGUAUUUUACUGGAAAACAAGACUCAGUAUGAAAAUGAUUACACUGCAAAAACAAACAAACAAACAAACAACAACAACAACAUUUUCUUAAUCAGUAUUUUGGUCUUUAUUUAUUUAUUAUUAUUAUUAUUAUUAUUAUUAUUAUUGUUAUUAUUAUUAUUGUUAUUAUUUUACUAUAAACAUCCUUAAAGAAAGAUACAUUUUCCUGAGAAGCAAAAUUGUGAAAGGUAUAUGUUUUCAGACAAUAUAUCUUGAAUCAAGCUUAUUAAAUUGUUUUUGUUUUCUUGUUUUAAGCAUACAUGUCACUGAUUUGUGUUAGAUUUAUGCUUAAAAUUAUAAAAUAAAUCAUAAUUAAAAACAAUUAGGCAAUAGGGUAAGUAAAAUAAAAUUAAUUCAAAGUGUAUUCUGUGAAAACAAGACUUAAUAUCUAAGAUGUUUAGAUAUGAUAUUUAGAUGUUUCGAUUUGACUGAAAAACCAGACAAAAAUACUGAUGAUAUUUGCAGUGUUUACACUUCUUCAUUAUGGACACUUUUAUCCAAAGUGACGAGGUAAAGUACAAGUAUCCAGUCAAAUGAGAGUUCACUUGAUCAAGGUUGUGUUGUUGUCACAAAAUUUUGUGUUUUAUUUAAUUACUUUUCAUGCUUGACCUAAAAAUAAAAGUUCCACCCAUUUAGACCUGGUUUUAAAUCAAUCCUUAAGAUAAGCACCUUUCAAAAUUCUUGACAUGUCUACCAUAAAAAUGAAUAUUAUAUAUUCUGCUAAAUGUUAUAAUAUGAUUAUUGAAUUAUAAAUGUAUCAUAUCUCCUCAAUUGUGCAAUUACUUGAAAGUCAUUUUACUGAUUAGGUAUGUAGAAUAAUAACGUUUUAUCUUUCUUAUUUUGUAUUUAUUUUUGGCUCUGAGCCACACAUGAUGUAGACUACUUGAGGAAAGGAAAUUUAGAAGUGUAAUAUUUAAAGAAGGGAGUACAACACACAAAAACUCCACAAUGCUUUAUCUGUGCAUAUAAUACUGAACACAUGGUUGAUUUGAGUGAAUUUUUGCCUUGUAUGGAGUGCAAUAUCUUCUGUAUAGGCACUACAUACUGUAUUGGGAGUGCAUAAUUGCUUGAACUUCCUUUGUGGAAGGGCACUUUUUUGCACAUAAUAAUAGAGACCAUACCUAAAUGACACUGUAUGCAAUCAGAAAGCAUAUUCAGUAGUAUGUGAGAUUUUAACUUUAGAUUCCAAUGUAUUUGUAUAUUUUGAGAAAUUGCAAUAGUUAAGUAAAUAUAUUUUAAGCUGAACUUCUCUUAGUUCUCAUAAUUUUGUUUGUUUUGAAAAUUAGGGAUAAAGUAUCAGAGACAUAGGAAAAUACCAAAAGGAGGAAAGGGCAUUUACAGUUGAGUUUUUAGUCUGAACUUGUUUGUAAUAUAGGAACAAUGUAAGUAUUUCCAAAUGUUGUUUAUCCAAGCAUUUCUCAAACCAAUUUCCUGUACUUUACAUAGAGGAGUGGUGGUGGAUGUACAAUUCCAAUGUAUUUCAUUCUGUAAUAUGUACCAUCUUCAUUAGCUCAUUAGGAUGUGUCAUACAAACAUAUUUCACAACUGCAAACAUAAAAUGAAUGGCUUAAUUUGAAUUUGGUUUGAUGGAAUA